CAGAAAGAGAAGGAGAGAAAGAGAGAGAGAGAGAGAGAGAGGGUGGGGAAGGAGCUGCAGUCAGGAGACACCGACUGUUAGUCAGAGGCUCCUGGGAAUUAAAACUGCACCAAAGGAGGAGAGAAGCUUCUACGGAGAGAUGGGCAAGUCGGCCUCCAAGCAGUUUGCUGAGGAGGUCUUGAGAAGCCACAACGAGUACCGUAGGCGACACCAAGCGCCGCCCCUCAAGCUGAGCAGCAAGCUGAGCAGGGAAGCCACCCGGUAUGCCGAGAGCCUGGCCAGCACCAGGAUCCUGAAGCACAGCGCCAGCAGGGGGAGCUGCGGAGAGAACCUGGCGUGGGCGUCCUACGACCAGUCGGGGAAGGAUGUUGCCGAUCGCUGGUACAACGAGGUGAAGAACUACAACUACAACCGUCCGGGAUUCUCCUCCGGCACCGGACACUUCACGGCCAUGGUGUGGCGCAGUACGAAGAAGCUGGGCGUGGGGAAGGCCGAGGCCACCGACGGCUCCACCUUCGUGGUGGCGCGUUACUUCCCGGCGGGCAACAUCACCAACCAGGGCCACUUCGAGGCCAACGUGUUGCCGCCGAGAAACUGACACGGACUGUGCCGCGCAUUCUGAUUGGCUGCGGGGAGGGGCGGGGCUUAAUGAGGUCGUAGAGUGUUAAAUGAGGGGUUAACGAGACCAGGCACCACUGUGGCAUUGUACUGUUCAUUCCUGCAUCUGCAGUUUGUAAUCUUGAAGGGAAUUUUGACCGUUUUGUCACGGCCGAGCGGUUCGCUUCAGCCCAUCGAGGCCUCGGUGGCGUCGGACGCUUGGUGCCGUUAUGAAAUGCGUCUGAUUUUUCUCGCGCGGCCUGGUGUAUCAGUCAAACAUUUAAUGGAUGGGUCCCCGAAGCUCUGCGGCGUUGAUGUAUCAGAUGCAGGGCUCUGUGCUCUCGUUACAUCUCGCUACGCCGUAUUGUUUACCGGCCAAAAAAAUAGGUACACUACUCGGGCCCGAAGGAGACUUGUCCGAAUUUAACUUUCACACUGCCAUAUUUCAGUCCAAAAACAACCCUUUUACGCUUUUAAUGCUGCGGGAAAUUAUGCGAAGAGUCAUAUUUUGCAAACAUGGGCGUUAACUCGUACGAAUGUAUUUCUAAGUCAACGCAUUAGCAACGGGAGGAUUUUACUGGACGUUUGACUCGUAUCACCGUGUUGUUGAAAGUAAUGAGCGGAGAGGGUGUGACAGUUUAAUAAAAUAUUCUGCCGCGUUUGUUAACCUGCGCUUCCUGUUUGUGAAACGACACUUAUCAACUGACUGUAACAGUUAUAUUUGUAUUCAUGUUUUAUUAAUAUUUUAGGACUGUGGCCACGUCACUGUAGCAACUGGCCUCCUGCUUCCUUACUUUCUGUAUCAUCACACUGUUAACUUGUAAUGUGUUUAACAGUUUUAUACAGCAACAUGUUCUGUGCAAU